ACCAAAAAUUAUUAUAUUUACAUGUAAAAUUAACCACCAAUUUAUUUUGUCGUUAUUAUAAAAUGCGUCGUGUAAAUUAAAUUCUUUAAUUAUAUCGGAAAACAACCUAUACGACAGGUAUUAUGUAGACAUGUAGUUACUUAUUCAAAUUCAACUCAUUAAAGUUCAGACUAAAUAAUACCCCUCUAUCAUUCUUCCCUUCAUUUGUGCGUGUUUGUUAAUAAUGCAUUAGGUCUUAUCGAUCCUAUCUGACGUUUCGCUCGAAUUAACCACAAUAAAACAUUUUGCAGGCGAAGGUCAAGUAUAUAUUUUAUAUAUAGGCUAUAUUAUCCUGGUACGAAAAUCGCGUGAACGCCCUUGAUUCCGCAUAGCGCAAAUAAAUAAACCCCUCUGCCUUUGUAAUAUUAUUUUUGUUUAAAAGUAAAACAUCACCAUGCACUCUACCAGUCGACCGUAUGCAGCGAACUCGAUCGGUACUCAUCGACCAAUUUUCCGAAGAGCAUAUUUGAUUUAUCGUUAAUUGCCAAUCAUGAAAACCAAUUAAAUUGGCAGCUCCGACGUGCACGCGAUAUGUAUAUAACCAACGCAUCUAUACUUACCACAAAAUUUAAUUGCGUGAAUGCAAUUCCGUAAUUCAACGUUUCACCCCUAAUUUUUGAACUGCAUUUUUCUACCAUGGCGACAAACGCGCAUGAUCAAAGAUUGGUGUGCGAGUUUUACCGCAACUGUAUUCAAAAGAACAUUAACGGUGUUGCGGACUGACUGGGCUCCAAUGAAAAACUGAUAAUAAUUUUGUUGCACCAAAUAACAAGUGACAGUUUUCAAAACAGAGACUUUAAACAUUUGAAAAUGGAAUUGGAAUUUCACACCAAAAUGGAACAAUAUUACCAAACGUUCGUUGAGUUGCAGGAAAAAUUAAAAAAGAGUGAGGAAGAGCGAAUGGAAUUGGAAAUUAAAUUCAAUGGUAUGCUUCAGGUUGCCAAAGAAGAGGAACAAGCUUAUUAUCGAAAGUUACGGGCUCAGUACAAACAAUUUUUAGAGGAAGACAAGAGAAGGCAAGAGCGUAAUGAAAAAAUCAUGAGAAAUCUGGAACGGGUGGAAACUAGAAUUGCAAUGCUGUCCGCAAAAACAGAAAGGCUAAACGUGCUGCGCACUCAAUAUCAAAACUACUUGUGCAGGAUAGCUAAUGCAACCAAAAGAGAUUUGAAUAGCGUUGAAAAGCCCUUUGUCUCAAGAAAGGUCCCGUUUUGCUCCACUAGCGUACUAAAUUCGGUGCCUCCAAGACAUACUUACGUAGAAAAUCCUCUCAGCGAAUCUAUCAAAGUCCCAGAGAUUAAAUUGCCGGAACACACGGGCAAAGAAACCAAUUUAAGUAGCGAGGAAACUCUUAAUAUUUUGGACAAGUACUUGCAGAACAUAUCUUCACAGAAAUACCUAGAUUUAAUAGAAAACGAAAAACAGAGGCGACAAAAGUUAUCAUUACUUUCACAAAAUUUGGUGACCGAUAGUAAUCAAGCUACAUCUAUAGCCGAUGAUAUCAUAAGCUCCAUUUAUUCGAGGUAUUACGGGAAAAACAACUUCCUUUCCAAAUCGUCCUCGUCUACUGACCAGGACAAUCAGUUUCCAAAAAAGUUGAAUGAAAAAAAUGAAAAAAACGAUUUCGAUCACAAUCCACGAACAAGAGAAACAUUUCGGGCGAGCACUGAAAGUGAAACGGUGGAAACUCCAUUACCAAAUACCUUGAAAUUUUCUAAGAAAAUAAAUUUCCAAUUAGACGCAAGCAAGCAACAUGAACGAAAAGUUUGCGAUAGUCAAGAUGCGGAAAACUCGAAUGUACUUACUACCGAAAAUGUGAACUUCAAACCCGGAACAACUGAAGAGGAUCUAGCAGAGAAAAUGACCAAGGGAGAUGAGAACGAAUUAUCUCAAAUGCAACAUGAAUUUGGGCUUUCAGAAAAGAGGACAGAUUUUAUGACCGAAAUUAAUAUAGAAAGUAAAAAUAACCAAAGUCUAUUCGACGAUACAAAUAACGAGUUACCGACGGUAGAGAAGAAAAAAUUAGCAAACGAAGCUAUUAAAGAGGUUUCCAUUAAUGUCUCUACCGAGGCAGCAGAAGAAUCUCAAAAAGAAUCACAUUGGAAUGGAAAUGCGCCCAAGUCAGAUCAACAGGGAUGUGAAAUAGCAAUUCAACAAAAUAUAUCAGAAGCCAACCCUAGUGCAAUGUCUAACAUUUCAUCAACGAAACCAAUUUAUGUUCGGGAAGAGAAUGCUGAAGGAACUACCCAACACAACUCAUCUACAUCUCAUUACAAGGCAGAUACCGAAAACCAAGAACUAAACCAAAAGCAAGAGCACGCUCUGGAAAAUCAAGCGCAGUACAAUCUGCCUAAGGAACAAGUCGACGAUAGUAAUCAAAAUACUGAAAACCCUACCCAAGAGGACAAGCCUGCAUCAUAUUACGAGGAAGAUAAUCAAAAAGAGGGACAGGACAAACAAAAUCAAAUACAAUACACCCAGCCAACGGAGCAAAUCAACGAUUAUGAUCAAACUAUUCAAACACCCACUCAACAUGACCAAUCUGCAUCCUAUUACAACGUAGAUCACGAAAACCAAGAAUAUGACUUACAAAAUCAAGUUCAGUAUGACGAAAACGGUCAGCCGAUACAGUACGACUACAGCCAAUAUGAUCAAUUUGGACAGCCGCUUUUAUACGAUCAAAAUGGUCAGUUAGUCGAACCACAGUAUGACGAAAGCGGUCAGUUGAUUCCACAGUAUGACGAAAACGGUCAGCCAAUUGCCUUGUAUGACCAAAAUGGCCAAGACGUUUUUGGUGGAAUGAUUGAGCAGUAUGAUCAAAACGGACUGCCUUAUUAUCCUGAUCAGGGCGGCAUUGAAGACAAUCAAGAGCUGCAACAACACGUUGAUCCUAACACGCAAGCUCAAUACUAUGGGGAGGGAGAGCAAUUAAGUCCUGACCAACAGUUUCAUGCAGAAGAUCAACAGCAGGUCAAUAAUGAUAGUUCUGACACCAUAGCAAAUAGAGACAAUACAGUAAGAUUCGAAGAACAAGUAAUAGAAAAUGAAAAUGUCUUGCAAUCGGAGCCAGUUGAGCCAGAUUCUGAGCACUUAGAUAGGGAGGAGGUGUUAACGGAUGAACCAGUGAGUGGUACAAACAAGGAGAAUGACAAAACAGAUCAACGGGAAAGUAUGCCAGAACCAAGUAACGUUUUGGAGAUGUUGGAUACUGACACGGAUAGUAUCAAGCACAAUGCCAGCAAAAUAUCAAACGACAGUGAUUUUGAUUUUAGCUAAAGAUAUUUUCGUUAUAAAGUAGGGUAUUAUUCAACUUGUGACACUUUAAAUCGAUCACCUUCUCAUAUUUAUAGCUAAUAAAGUUUAUAAAAUAUUUUUAUUAUCGUUUUC